CGCGACUCCUCCAUCGGGCAGCAAAGGCUUUGUAUCUGGAAGCACUGAAGUGUUUGAACGACAUGGCGCAAGCAGAAAAGACGUCAAGACCGAAGAUCGAGUAUGUCAUCUUCGACAUGGAUGGCCUGCUCAUCGACUCUGAGAGGGUGUACACCGAUGUGACGAAUGAGCUCCUCGCGCCGUACGGCAAGGAGAUGACCUGGGACAUCAAGGCGGGCCUCAUGGGCAAACCUGAACGCGACGCAGCGCAGCACCUGCUCUCCUUCUUCCCGGACCUCCCGCCCUCCUUCACGCUCGACUACUACCUCGAGGCGCGCCGCACGCUGCAGGACCAGCGCUGGCCCUCCGUGCAGCCGCUCCCCGGCGCGCUCAAGCUCGUGCAGCACCUCGCCGCGCACGGCGUGCCCAUCGCGCUCGCCACGGGCUCGCAGCGGCGCAACUUUGAGCAGAAGUCCGCGCACCUCGGCGCGCUCUUCGACGGCUUCGCGGGCCGCGUCGUGUGCGCGGACGACGGGCUCGUGCGCCCCGGGCGCGGGAAGCCGCACCCGGACAUCUUCCUUGUCGCGGCGGAGAAGUUUCUGCAGCGGAAGGUGGGGACGGGGGAGGUGGGCGAGAGGCAGGUGGGUGGGGAGGAGGUGGCGGAGCGUGCGAAGGGCUUGGUGUUCGAGGAUGCGAUUCCGGGGGUGCAGGCUGCGAAGCGCGCGGGGAUGAGCGUGGUGUGGGUCCCGGACGCGAAUCUGCUGUCUAUCGGCGGAGACUCGGAGGUCGCGCCAGCGGUCGAGAAGCCCGACUUGAUGCUAAAGUCUCUGGAGGAAUUCGUUCCGGAGGAGUGGGGCUUGCCGCCAUAUGGCUCGUAAAAUACAGUUUGUUGCUGUCUCUUACAUUCACGAGAGGAUGCGUCUGCGGCAGGUGUUAUCUUCAGACGCUCGACGUUGUACUUAUGCUGUCUCUGCAGCACCGAGAACAUGUAUAUACCGCAGCCGGGUAACUGGGCUUGAACAUCGGG